CUAGCUUAUUAGGACAGGCCGACAAGCGGCACCAAGCAAUGCAGCCAAAGCGUAUGCUUCUUGUCGAGCGCUUGGCAUAUUUAGCGGUCAUCGCUUGGGCACUAUGGAAUGUGACGUUUGAAGGUUAUCGCUUUGCAAAACACGUCCGAAGCGUCACGCACCUUCCGGGACUUGUGUACGAAGGUCCCGUUCUGGGAAUCAACGACUUGUCCGACUAUCAAUGGCGCAGCUUCCGAGCUUCAGCGGCCUUGCUGGCUGGCGCCAUGGCGGGAUUUGUUUGCAUCUCGAGACUGGCCCGUGCCCUCCCCGCGGGCAGGCAGCCACUCAUGGUGGCUGUGUCCCUGCUCUUCCUGGUCGUGCUGCAUGGCAGUUCAGCGAUCUUCGUGCUACUGCUGCUGCUGGGUGGCUACGGCCUUAGCCGGCGAAUGGCAAAAGUGCCGUACGGCCUGUUGGCUGUGUGGGCAUACGCCUGCGCGACUCUGCUGCUGGUGCGGAUCAAGAACGGAUUCAGCUUCCAUGCCGUCAGCCCCUCACUCUCCUUCCUGGACCACCACUCCGGCCUGCUGCGGUGGCACAUCCACUACAAUCUGCUCAUCCUGCGACUCAUCUCAUUCGCGGCGGACCUCCACUGGUCCCGGAGCCCCCGCAUGCAGCAACACCAGCAACACCAGCAGCAGCAGCAGCAGCAGCAGCAGGCGCCGCGAGCAGCAGCAAGCCCCGUAGCAGCCGCGGGCAAUGCUGCUGGUGGUGGUGGUGCUGCUGCUGCUGGUGCUGGUGCUGGUGUUGCAAGGGGCGGUGGUGACGGGGGGCUGCUGGGGCUGUCCAGAGCGAUGGAGAAGGAGCUCCGGACCCGUGUGGAGACGCCUCUGCCCUUGUCGUACUAUGGUCUUGGAUCUUUCCUGGAAUAUGUUCUGUACCCGCCGCUCUACAUCGCCGGCCCCAUCAUCACCUUCAAUAGCUUCGCAUCUCAGAGGCUUCUGGCACCGAUCAAGCAGCUGGGAGCAACACAGGUCAUUGCGUACAUCCUACGUGCCGCCCUCGCCUGGGCCUGUCUGGAGGGCCUCACACAUGCGCUGCCGUACAACAGCAUUGCCAAGCACCGUGUGUUGGAGCGGCUGACGGCCUCGGCUUUCACGCCGGCGCCACGGCCCCUGCAUUACGCCAUCACCGGCUACUGGGUCUUGAUCUUCAUGUGGCUCAAGUUCACGGUCAUCUGGCGCUUCUUCCGGGCUGCGGCGCUGGCAGAUGGGGUGGUGCCCCCGGAGAACAUGACCCGCUGCGUGUGCAACAACUAUGAUAUCGAGG